AUGGGCGACCAUCUCGCGUUGAUCGUGGACCGGCUGCUGACAGAGUCGACGCUGGAGGCGGCGAUCGGCGGUGGGAAGCGGAUGGUCGAUCUGCAUCAGGAGACGGUGGCCGUCGAGUACUGCCAUCGCGCCCUAGGCGGUGGCUCGGCGACUAAGGUGGUGGAGUGUAGGAUUUGCCAGGAGGAGGACUGGGACACCUGCAUGGAGGCCCCCUGCGCCUGCUGUGGCAGCCUCAAGUAUGCACACCGGAAAUGCAUUCAGCGCUGGUGCAAUGAGAAAGGCGACACCAUGUGUGAAAUAUGCCUGCAGCAAUUCAGGCCAGGUUAUACUUCUCCACAGCAGCUGUUUCACUAUGGAAGUAUACCAAUGAACUUCAGAGGGAACUGGGAGAUUGCCCGGCAAGAUCUCAAUGAUUUCCAGAUAAUAACAAUGAUGCCCACGGAGCGUGAUUUUAUGGACAAUUACGACGAUUACUUUCCUAUCAGGACAAGAAGUAGCACCUUGUGUUGCCGGACAAUUGCCAUAAUUUUCAUGGCACUCCUGGUCCUUCGUCACACUCUUCCUCUCAUGAUUGGUGACAAUGGGGAGUACUCAUUGGCCUUAUUCGCGCUUCUGGUACUGAGGACUGCAGGAAUCCUAUUCCCAAUCCUGGUGAUGGUGAGAGCAUUGGCAAGCUUCCACUGUCGACGGCGGCAGCAGGAAAGCCGGGAAGCAUAUAUAUCUUCAUCAGAAAGCGAGGAGGAAGACGAAGACGAAGAGGAAGAAGAGACAGUUACCAAUUCGGCACAUCCAAAUUACUCGCAACCACGCUUCAUACCAGUCUACUGA